CUCGCCUCGUCGUCGGGCUCCGACAAGGAAGACAAUGGGAAGCCCCCGUCCUCCGCCCCGUCCCGGCCCAGACCCCCGCGGAGGAAGCGGAGAGAGUCCACCUCAGCCGAAGAGGACAUCAUUGAUGGAUUUGCCAUGACCAGCUUUGUCACUUUUGAAGCGCUGGAGAAAGAUGUAGCACUUAAGCCUCAGGAACGUGUGGAGAAACGCCAGACUCCUCUGACCAAGAAGAAACGAGAAGCACUUACCAACGGCUUGUCUUUUCACUCCAAGAAGAGCCGACUCAGCCACCCACACCACUACAGCUCAGAUCGAGAAAAUGACCGCAAUCUCUGCCAGCACCUCGGAAAAAGAAAGAAAAUGCCAAAGGGACUCAGACAGCUCAAGCCUGGACAGAACAGCUGCAGGGACAGUGACAGUGAAAGUGCCAGUGGAGAAUCCAAGGGCUUCCACAGGAGCAGCUCUCGGGAAAGGCUCAGUGAUAGUUCAGCUCCUUCCAGCUUGGGAACAGGCUACUUCGUAAGUUUAUCUCAACUUCCACAUGUGUGCCUUGCCUUGGCAUUGAUUUACUUCCAUAAUGUAUGCUCAUUAGGAUAUGAAAAAAAAAUCUAAGAAAUAACCUCUCAGCCCUAAAGAGCAGGCCG